GCGCUCGCGACGUGGAGUCGCGCGUCGGCGCGUCGCCCAGCCGCCGCCGCCUCCCUCUCCUGUGCGCCCCCCCCUCCUGCUCUCCCCUGUGCAGCCGCCGCCACCUUCCUUCUCUCCCCUGCGCGCGGCUCCCCUUCCAGCGGCCUCCGCGACCGACGACAGCGCCGCCGCCCCUACGCGCGGCUCCCUUUGGUGGAUCCAGUCCAACUCCGGCCGCCACCCCUCCGCGUGUCUCCGUCCCGGCCGGAAUCGAACCCCGCCGUCACAGCGCCGCCGCCUCCCGUUACGCCAGCCGGAGCUCGUCCACCGCACCUACGCCUCGGGGAUUAAACGGGGCCGGGGUCCCCAGCGGGUCUGCGAUCCCCGCUCGGGGACGGGGACGGGGAUAUUCUUCCCCCGUGAGCAUUAGCGGGGACGGGGAGCGGGGACUCUCCAGUUGAUGGGGGGGCUGGAACGUUCGGCUGAUCCCCGGCGGGGAUAGCCCCGUUGCCAUCUAUAGUGCCGCCGCCGCCGCCUCAUCGAAGUCACCCCUCGCCGGCUCGCCCGUUGUCGCCUCGUCAGCAGCUCGUUGAUUGGCCCGUACAGCGCCCAAGACCAAUCGUACAAAAGGUGCGGACGCAGUUUGUUUCCAGAACAAGUUAGGGUGUUUCAUCUUAUUCGGGAAGAGCCCUCGUGAAGAGCGCGCGGUUGAGGGAGGGGCUUGUCUUGCGGUAGAGAUGGUGAAGGCGGCAGCAGCAAGGGUUCGCUAUGAGCCUGGACCAGCUUUUCAGGAGGUCAAAGAAGAACCCAUGCUUGACAUAUCGCCAACAGACUCGACAGAGUUUUGGCUAAUACAGUGGCCUAAAGAUCAGUUAGAUGUUUCUGAUUUCCAUGGUAAAGAGCUUUCUCUUAAGCUGCACAAGGAUGGAAACUUGGGCAAUUUGGAGAGUUCCUCAGGGAAAUCUUACGAGCUUGUUAGCUAUAAAGCCCAGCAGCCAGAUGCAACUGUCUUUCAACCAUCAGGAUCAGAAAUAAAACCUGUGGGGAAGAUAUCACGGCGAGUUUGCUUAGUUCGUUAUCCUGAACCUGAGGAAUUAGUUAAACCAAAUUUUGGGGGUCUUACUCCAAGCAGUAAGAUAUCUGCAGGUUCUUCUAGGAAGACUAAGUCUCGGUUCACUAGUGCAUCGAAGAACCGGAGCAGCCAAGGCUCAGCCCGUUCACUGGGCCAAUGGAGCGCAGAGCCGACUCCCAAACACAAGCAGAAGAGAAAGGAUGAAAGCAGCCUGGGGCACUCAAACAUGUCAGGCAAGGCCUCCCAAGGAUCUCAGGCACAUGGCGUGCAGAGCAACACGACUUCGGAGGUGCCACAGUCAUCGGAGAAAUCAAAGAAGAAAAAGAAGGUUAAGAUCGUGGAGUAGUAGUGCCGCCUUGGCAAGUAGAUCAAUUUCCCUUGAACUAUCAGCUGCUGCGGAGCUGUGCCGGAAAUUUGGGUUUGUAGUUCCUUCGUGCGUCCCUGGAUCUCAAUUUUGUUGAUGCAAAACAUAUUUCUUGAGUGGUAGGUGGUGUUUGCAGAAUGAUACUUGGGAGUUAGGAGAGCCCGUUGCGUGGUGCGGGAACUGGAAUAUCGCUGUGUACCGUUCUGCCUGUUUACUGAAAGCGACGACAUGUCCCUUGAGUUCUGAUUUCUGGAAGCCUAUUUUCCAACUUGAAAACCAUGCCAUUGCUAACUAUGUUAAUCAUGGAGUCCUUUAA